AUGAAUGUUAAUACUGUUGACGAUGAAGACGAAGAUAUCAUUAUACAGGGGACUCCCCUAUAUGAACAUUUACACCGGUUAGGUUAUACUGAUUUCGAAAGUGUAACGAUAGCAAAAUCAGUACUCAAGAAUAAAGAGAUAAAUUCUAGAUUUAUUGGUUUCAUACAGUAUAUUAAAAAUGCUUUUAAGAAAUUGUUUGUUAUAUAUUCAAAAACAAAUCAGGAUGACAGUGUAUCCAAGAAGCAAGUAUCAACCAUUUUAGAUGCAAAAGUUCUUUUAAACGAUCAUGCAUGUAUAAUUCAUAGAUUUCGUGAUAAAUAUAAUUGUAAACCAUGGAGGUCCAUUGUAUCGAAAUUCCUGUUAUCAGGUGUAAUCUUGUCAUCUUCAAUAUAUAUUCCGUAUACUUCUGGGUAUAAAAAUUCAAUGAGAUUGUUUGUAUUGUUUAUGGUACUUCAUGCUGGUUACAUUGAGUGGACAAGAGUAGGUGCACAUAAGAAUUUAAAGACUGUUAUAUCUUUACAAAAUGAUUUGUUUCUCUUGUGUAAGAAAGGCCUUAAAAUCUUAAAGUAUGGAUAUAAAGUAAAAUUACGCAAAGACCAAUGUUCUCAGCAAUUUUAUGGUCUGACAGUGGAUAGACUGAAGUAUUUGCAACCUAUCAUGGAAAAUGUAGUGGCAUGCUUGGAACAUGUUUCGUUGACUUAUUAUUGUAUCUGUUCGAUUCUCAUAAAACUAUUACCAAUAAACAUGUCUCACAAAGAUUUGCUGACCGAAUUCAAGACUGAAUCGUUUAAGAUAUGUGGUGAAAUAAAUUAUCAAAAGUUAAAGACUUUGUAUCACAUUUACAUCCUGGUUCAGUCAGAGAUGCUGCACUUACUAGCUACUUCAUAUGACAGUCAUACGUGGCAAGAAUCUUGCAAUAAAAUUCCUGAGUUCAAAUUAGCUUACAUCGUUGACUUUUUAAACAAAUAUUUAACAAUACGUAAAGGUAGAUUGUCGAACAUCAUUCAUGCCUACUACAGUUUCAAAGUAGAACCAAUUUCAUACACACACAAAGAAUCUACUUCAUCUCAUUGGCAGGAUUUAUAUAUGCAUUUGUACUUAGCCUCCAAUAGAUUACAAGUAGCUCAUGGUCAUAUAUUGUCAGUACUUCAAAAUAUUGACGAUAAUACCACUGAAAACACGGAAAAUAAAACUGUUGUAGAAGAUACAUUGCAGAAACUGAACCAAGCUCAAAAGGAUCUUGAAAAUGCAAAAGAUUUUAUUGAGUUCAGUUCUUUGUAUCUUCUAAAAACACAAAUACAUGACCACACAGAAAAUCAUUCAGAAAUGAAUAUGUUGGCACCAAUAAUAGAUGGUGAUAUCCCUAUUGUACAUGAUUCAGAACCACUAAUUAUGGAUGAAGUCUUUGAAGAGUACAUCAAAGAAGAAUACUUGAAACCUUUAAUCGAGGAAAGUGACGAGAUCCCAUUAUACAACUAUAAGCGAGAUAAAUCAUUGUUUAAGAAUUUUAUGAUUGAACUGAAAGAUGUUCUGGUUGAUAAACAAAGAUCUAUGUCUGAAAGGGAAUUAAAAGCAUUGCACAGAAUGCAUAAAAGUGUAAUUAGUGAGACUGCUUUAGAAAAUAAGUUUCAGAUUCCUAGACCCCCAUCAAUGCCUUCGCUCGGUACUUUCUACACAUUAGAGGAGGAACAGAUUGCAGCUGAUAAAGAUUGUAACAAUACGAUAAAAGAGCAAUUGAAUUAUUCAACCGAAGAGUCUAAAAUCAUUACACGAACAUUUGAAUGCGAACAAGAUGAGAAAGGGGAUGAUCAUUUUCUUGAACAUAAAUCUCCCAUUUCUUUCAUACCGCUACCAAGAAAUAAAGAGUUUACAACAUUUUUACCGCCGUUGUUUUUGAAAACCGGUGAAGAAACGUUUACGGGUAGCGGUGAAAAUUCUGAAGAUGAAGUCAUUGACAUACAAUGA